ACGAACUUUUGGAGGCCAAGCCAUCAUCAUAGCCUGCAUGACCUUUUGGACCCGCCGGCCGCGAGUGGAGUGAAGAAGAAGAGGGGGAAGAGAGGCGGUGUGCGCUUUAUAUGCUUUCCCGGUACGUGCACAAGGGAACAUCUUGCUGCGAGUCCAUCCACGAGACCUUGGCAGGGAUUGCAGCAUUAUCGUACCGGUUAGUAGCCGUUUGGUCCUCCUCACUGUCCCUUGCCUAUACAAGCCUACUGUUCCUUCUUCUUUCCUCACUCUUCGUUCUCCCCGUUUCUGAAGAAUUCUCAACUAAAAAUCGGCAAAGAGGAAGCCAUGUUCUUCGCCUGUGCCUCCGGAGCGCAUCCUGGAUACAUCCAAGAAGCCAUAUCCUUGGGCCAAUAUGACCUGGAAGAAUAUCAUGGAAGGGUCUUCGACAGGCGGCGUAUCUACUAUGAAAACCUG